AUGGGAUCAGUUGAACAACAGCAGUAUGAUGCCAUUGUUGUUGGAGCAGGCUUUGGUGGAUGCCAUGUCCUAAGGACAUUACGAGAGAGGGGCUACAAAUCAAUAGUUCUCGACAACGCAGCCGAUAUUGGCGGUGUUUGGUACUGGAACCGCUAUCCAGGAGCUCGCGUGGAUAGCAAGGUACCGCUGUAUGAAUUCUCGGAUAAAGACCUUUGGGGAGACUGGUCAUGGAGUGUCAAAUAUCCUGGGCAGAACGAAAUCCAAGAGUACUUCCAGCACGUCGAGUCAAAACUUCACCUGAAGAAGGACAUCAGAUUCAAUACCACUGUUACCACUGCCAAUUUCGAUGAUAUCAACAAUCAGUGGCAUGUUCAUACCAAUGACGGAUCUGUCUUUGUAUCGCGAUUUUUCAUUCUCUGCACAGGCUCAUUCUCCGAACCAUACAUCCCCAAAUUCGAAGGUUUGGACACAUUCGCAGGGCCGAAGUUCCACACUUCGGCGUGGCCCCACGGUGGGAUUGACUACAAGAACAAGAGGGUUGCGGUUGUGGGAAACGCAUCUAGUGGCCUUCAAACCAUCCAAGAAAUCGCACCGGAUGUCAGCCAUUUGACGGUUUUCCAGCGGAGCCCAACCUUUGCUAUACCCAUGCGACAGACCAAGUUGAAUAGCAAAGAUCAAGACAAGAGUAAAUACCCGCAGAUAUUCGAGAGCCGUAAGAACAACUUCGCGGGAAUCGACCGCCAGUUCAAUCCCCAAUCCGCUCUGGAAGUCUCAGAUGAGGAACGCACGAAGUUCUUCGAAGAAUUAUGGGAACAGGGAGGGCUCUUGUUCUGGCUAGCUACCUACCAAGACGUCAUCAUGAAUAAGGAAGCCAACAAGUAUGCCUACGCCUUCUGGCGCAGUAAAGUGCUCCCUCGCAUCAAGAAACCCGAGGUCGCUGAGAUCCUUGCACCAGAAGUACCUCCGUACUUCUUCGGAACCAAGCGUGCGACGCUCGAGCAGAGAUACUAUGAAGUCUACAAUCAGGACAAUGUCGUUCUGAUCAACACCCGUGAGAAUGCAAUCAAAUAUGUCGUUCCCCAAGGCAUCAUUAGGGAAGACAACACUUUCCACGAGCUCGACAUCCUGGUCCUCGCAACCGGCUUCGACUCGGUCACAGGCGGCCUCCUCGCAAUCGACAUCAAGGGUCUAAAGGGGCAAACCCUACGUGAAAAAUGGGCACAUGGAACCUGGACCUCCCUCGGUGUCAUGACGUCUGGUUUUCCCAAUAUGUUUUUCACUUACGGCCCCCAAGGCCCCACCACUUUCUGCAAUGGCCCUACGUGCGCUGAGCUCCAAGGAGAAUGGGUUGUUUCCAGUAUGGAUUUCAUGAGGGAGAAGGGCCAUACAUUCUUGAACCCGGAUGUGGGGAGCGAGAAGGCGUGGAGAGAGCAUGUUAAUAUGAUUGGUAAUAUGAGCUUGUUGCCCCUGACGGAGAGUGAGUAUAUGGGGACGAAUAUUCCGGGGAAGACCAAAGAGAUGUUGAAUUAUUUGGGAGGACUCCCAAGCUAUGUUCAGAAGUGCAACGACCUUCUUGCUUCUGGGUUUGAGGGGUUUGACAUUAAGUAG